CGUUUUCAAAUCUUUGCGUUUUGAAGUGUGCACACCACGGCUCCACACACCACUCCCCUAUUAAGCGCGAUUGAACUCAAUUGACGCCAUUUGUGCCCGAGACCCAUAUUUUCGCUUCUUCGCGCCGCCGAUCUGAAUCGCCGCCGAUCUGAAUCGUCAUCGAACGAUAAUUUCUCGGCCCGCCACAACCGAGUGCCUUGCCAACGCACAUAUAUCUCGUAAUUGAGACAAACGCGGGGCCGAUCCAAACCGCGUUCCGUUUCCCCGGAUCUUCGAUAUCUUUUCUGACAGCACCCGGCUGUCCACUCCGCCGGUCGUCGCACUACCAGCCCAGAACCUCAACAUGAAGGUCCUCAGCAAGGAAGAGGAGCAGGAGCACUUCGGCGUCGUGAUGCGCGGCGGCCUCAUCGGCGGCACCGUGGGGCUCGCGCUCGGCCUGGCGGGCGUCGUGGGCGCGUCGCGGCGGUACCCGGCCUUCCGGUCGCUGACGCUGCCGUUCCGGUCCUUCCUGGUGUCGUCGGCCGGCACGUUCGGCGCCAUCGUCCUCGCCGAGCGCUACAGCAUCAACUACCAGCGGUCGCACGACCAGAUGAACAACUACCUCGAGGCGACGCACCGCGCGGCCGAGCAGGAGCGCCGCGCGCACACCACCGAGUGGCAGCGCCUGAUGGAGUGGGGCCGCGAGAACCGCUACAGCAUCGUGUUCGCCAGCUGGCUGGCCUCCAUGGGCGUCGCGCUCGCCCUGGUCGGCCGCAACAAGUACCUGACCAGGAGCCAAAAGCUCGUGCAGGCGCGUGUCUACGCGCAGGGCCUGACGCUCGCCGUGCUGAUCGCCACCGCCGCCUUCGAGACGGCCGACGCCAAGGCCGGCCGCGGCCGCUGGGAGACCGUCAUGGUCGUCGACCCCAACGACCCGACGCACCAGCACAUGAUCGAGAAGAAGAUCCACAAGGAGGAUUACGAGGGGCAGGAUCUGUGGAAGCAGAUGGUCGCCGCCGAGGAGAGGCGUCUUGAAGAGCAGAAGAGGCAGCAGGAAGCCGCUGCCAAGGCCGAGUAAGACGGUCGAGGCCCGCUGCUCGCCGAAUCUACUACCAUGCCGACCUUGCGAGGUCCGGCCACUACAGCACAAUCCCUUCUCUAUCGCAUUUCCCCGGCGUUUGGAUAGGUUCAGCAAAGCGGCUCACUUCCCCAGCUAUGUACGGUAUCAGUGUCUUCGGCGUUCUGCAUCGGGUAUUUGUAGCCUGGCACUUGAAAUUGGGCGGGCUGUGUUUGGGCGAGCUUCGCUGAUCAAUUGAAAAAGACGGAUGGCUGCCGGACAUAGAAAGACACCAAAAGAAGACAGAUGACAGCCGUUUAAGCGCAUAGAAAAAUGCUGCUUACUCUGUAC